GAGCUUUUUGUGUGUUGAGCCCAGAGUGGCAUCAUCAACCCUAUGAAAUUUAAUUAUGUGAUGAAAACCUCGCUGUAUGAAAUUGAACAAGUUCCAUACUAUCACAACCCAUUCAUUGCUCGACAUAAACUGCUAGCCCACUGAACUUUCGGACCUCCUUGCUCAGUAUGCAGUAUUGGGAUGUUGAAGGUCCAGCUCCUUAGCUCUUCUCUAUAUGGCGAAAUUGGCAAAAGCAUCAUUAUCUCCAUGCUUAUAGCAUAUCUUUAUAACUUUUAUAUUAUGCUGUUGAAACCAGUUUGCACAUCUGUUUUUUCAUUGCCUUUGUGGUUUUACCUAUUCGUAAUUUGAGUCCACUAUGCGACUUGUAAAGUCUCAAAGGAAAAGCAUUACAUCAGUGUACCAAGCCACUCUGGGCUGCCAAAUUUUCCCCACAAAUGACCGCCAGGUGCCAUACGACCCUGUCUUCACUUCUCAACAUGUCGAAUUCACUCGUCGUCUAUGUGGUUGUAUUUUUUCUGUUUUUAGGCAGUUAUGCUUUGAACUUGACAGCUUUGUUCCUGCCAAAGUGGCUGAUCUUUGUCACUCCACGACCGUUUUACACGGAAACGACAUACGGGCUCUUCCGAUUAUGCAGAAGUUAUUCCGGAGAUUGUCGACCGUUUCCAAUUGAAGACCAAGACUGCACUGAAGAGGGAUUCUGUGAACUCUGGAAAACGGCUUCGACGGGAAUGAUCUUGGCAGCCGUCAUUGGCGGCUUGGCACUUCUAGGGCUUCUUGCCACUAUGUGCAGCAAUCGGCGUAAGCGAGCCAAUGGCUGGAAAUUGCUAUCUGCACUCUUUAUCCUCCACGCUGUUCCACAGGCUGCAGCCAUGGGUGUAGUUGCUUACUUAUUCAAUUCAUCGUCAAGUUUCUAUGUGGGUACCCGCUAUGAUCUUUCGUUUAUUUUUGCAACCAUCAGCUGGUGUUUAUCUGUUGUGAUCGCUGGAAUACUUGUUUUGGCAGCUGUGUUAGGCCCUCCAGAUUAUGCUUAUGAAAGCUUGUAAUUUUAGGGACUUUAUUCAAUAAAAAGAGAAAGUAGUAUUCCUUGUACAACAUAAA